GAUUAGAUUCAAGGUCAAAUCAAAAUGGGUCAGCCAGAUUCCACCAUCAUUCAAAAAGCACAUCCAAGUCCAUCAAGAAUCGCACCCCAUAAAAAACACAAUCCAGUCAAAUGGACAUAAGUUAUACAAGAAUUGGCACGGCAAAUGGCCUGGGAAAUGGCCUUUUUUCAACAGUCAAUUUAAACCCUGGGGACUCUAUCGUUGUCAUACAAAAACCCCUUUUGUUGAUUGCCGAGAAUCAGGCACUGCAUCGAGUGUGCGCCAAUUGUUUUCUAGAAGCAGGAGAAGGAGUGGAGUUACAGCCAUGCUCAAGUUGCGGUGUUGUCAAUUUUUGUUGUGAUGAUUGCGAAAGGUUAUCACUAAAAUCCGAGGGUUCCCACGGAGCAGAAUGUGUCCUUUUCAAGUCCAGAAAGCCCUUUGAGCAUUCUAGAACACAGAUCAGCGCGCAAGCAGUAACAAAUACAUCUUGUGCUUAUUCAAAUUGUCGGUCGAAAAAAGCAACGGUGAACUGUAUUGGCUGCAAGGCAGUGGAUUACUGCAGUAAAAAAUGCCAAGAUCUAGACCAUUCACUUCAUGAGAAACAAUGCAAGGCUAUCCAAUCGCAAAGUCUUGGGAAUUCUUUAAACAAGGUGCUUCCUACAGCUGUUCGUGGUAUCAUUCAAUUGGUUAGUAACCCGGCAGCUCUAGCAAAAGACUCACCUUUUAUGGACCUUGCAUCCCACGAAGACGAGCUCAGAAGGGUCCAAUCAAAGUGGGAUGAUAUAUCAUUACAAGCCCAUGCUGUAGUGAACCUUCUUCAACGAAAACCAGAAUUUGUCAAAUAUGCUCUUGAGUCUCUCUGUCGGCUCUCUACCAACGGGUUCCGUGUCGAAUCUAAUGUUGGCAAUGGUCCAAUUGGACUAUGUCUUGAUCCUCUGCUGGCACGCGCCAACCAUAGCUGUCGUCCAAACGCAGCUAUCACAUUUGAUGGAAAGCGCGCUACCCUCCGAGCUCUCUCCCCUAUUGCGAAAGGAGAACAGAUAUUCAUAUCCUACAUAGACGAAACACAACGACAAGAAGUUCGUCGAGAAGCCUUAGCAAAGACUUGGUUUUUUCAAUGCCUUUGUUCUCGCUGCGUAGUAUGCAGGACUAUAUAUGGCGAUUUUAUAGAUUAUCCCAUGGUUACAACGCCUGUACUUGACAAGCUCGUCGCUUUCCAAGAAACCUACAAGUUUGCAAAGGCUAGAGUAGCAGACGAAGGUCCAGAGACAACCACCAGACUCUUCUCUCUACUCCAUGUAUUACGACAUAUCGAAGUUACAAUAUCAAAUGUUCACAAAAUCUCCCAGAAUAUUGAUCGACGUCUCGAGCUUUUAAAAAAAGCUCUAGGAAAUCUGAAUGAUUUUAUCUUUCUACAACGUUCUGCGCAACAACCUUUACCAACAGUCCUUAAUGAAAUCUAUCUUAUUUAUCUAGAGAAAGCGGAAUAUAUCUCUGCGCUUAUCGUACUAAUUUUCUUGAUCAUCCACGCUGAUCCCAUUAACUACCCAAGUCCAUAUCACCCGCAACGUGUUACUAGAGUUCUAGCAUUGCAAAGAUUGUGUAAAUUUCUGGCAAGCUUGGAUCCAGAAGAAUUUGAGAGAUGGGAGACAGAGAAGCUGAACAGUGGAAGGCAAGGGGGACUAAGAAAUAUCGAUUGGGUUAGUACGUGUCAGUUGGUUAUGUACGGAUUGAGAGAGACAGGAAAUAGAUGCUGGGGAAAACAAAGUGGGGUUAUGAGGGGAGUGGAGGUGGAUAUUACUGAUGUGGAGAGUAUUCAGGAGAAGAGGGGAGAUGGAGAGGUAGGGAGGACGUUAAGGGAUUGGGCUAAGGGAAAGGAUGCCAGUGGAUUGGGCGAAGUUUAUGCAGAGAAGUUGGGGACGGGGCUGAGGGAGCUAUCCGGCUUGGUGUGGGAUGUUGUGGGGAUUUAGAAAGAGGAUAUGGAGCUUAAGUGAGGUUGUGAAUCUAUUAGAGGCAGAGAAGUAGAAAAAUAAUAUUUGGGAGGUUUUAGGCAGGAACGGAAAACCUAGGGUGGGAGUCAGGAUGGAACAAAAGGAUCACAUCACUAGCCGAUUUGCAAAAUCAUCGCCAUCUCAAACAUUUGCAGCACGAAAAUUUCUUUGGAGUUUGUGUUAGAUGCAUACAUAUGAGGGUUUAAGAUACGUGAUGUGGAAUAUGAGUAUGAUAUCUGUACAAUUAUUGCACCAGAAAACAGCAGUGUUAAUGACA